AUGCAACAAUUAUUUGAAAAAACCGGAUUGGAGGACACCACAGUAGUACUAUUAGGAGACUUUUUGGCCAAGGGACCAGAUUCUGUCCAAGUAGCGAAUUUUAUUCUCGAUAAUAAGGAUAAAGUUAAAUGUGUUCUGGGGAAUCAUGAUUUAGCGGUUAUGUUUGCAUUUUUAAAUCCAGGUGUGGCUAAGUUUCCUUGGCAUAAAAAACGUAAUCUGAAACCAUUGCAAUUUACGUUAAGUGAAGAACUUUUCAUUCCUGGUGAUAUCACAAAGAUUAAGCGUGCACAUUGGGAAAUUUCACGUCAAUUGGGACCCGAAAAGAUGGUUUCAUUGGCUCAGCAUUGUUCGGCUGCGUUGCAUAUUGAUUUAGGCGAGAAACAAUUGUAUGCAGUUCAUGCGGGCAUGUUACCGGGUGAUUUUAACAAUAGGGUACCUGGUAUUAAAGCUCUAACUGAAAUGAAAUAUGUGGAUAAAAGUAAUUUGGCUCAGUUCUCAAAGGAAAAGGAAAAUAAGCAUUUUAUUAGAUGGUUCAAACUUUGGAAAGGUUCGAAGUUACCGGAUGAAUUAUUGUCAACUUAUGUUCUCUACGGACAUGAUGCAAGUAAAGGUUUAAACCUUAGAGGACAUACGAUGGGAUUAGAUACAGGUUGUGUUAAAGGCGGUGAGUUAACAGGAAUGGAAUUCACAAGGAUAUCGGGUAAAGUAACGACAAAGUUGCAUCAAGUAAGAUGUAAUGGUGUGAGAAGAACAGCUCUUUUGGCAAUGGAGCAAAAAGCUCAGAGUGAAGGAAAAAAUGUUGAAGAACUUGAUGAAUGGAAAAUGCUUGGCGACGGUGGGAAAUCUGAACCUCCAUCUCAUGAUGAAUCUCUAGGAGCACCACAAAGACCAACGCACUCUAAGGAAGAUCCAAAGCCGGAGGGGCAUUCUGAAGAAUCGAAAGAUUCGAAAUCAGAGGGUCUUCCAGGAAGGCCGAAGGGGGGUUCAGAAGAAUCAAAAGAAGGAGGACCAGAAGAACAUCCAGGAGGAUCGAAACCAGCGGGACCUCCAGGAGAACACAAAUCUGAAUCACCGGACGAAAGUCAUAAUGGGGCACAGGAACAACCUCAUCAGGCACCUGGGGAAGAUCCCAAAGACCAGAAACAUGGGGUUCCCAAACUAAAUGAACAAGAACAAGUUGCUUCAAAAGACCCGCCGGGGGAAGAGCUAGGAAAGUCCCAGGAACAUCGGUUCGCUCCUCGUAUACUCAAACCGCAAUGA